UACAUUCAGCACUUCCUCAGCAGAGUUUGGAUAAGGUCAGAAAGAGUGCGAUUAAAUCGGCAGCUCUCUGGCAACAAAGAAGAUGGAUUUUUAACCCCCUGAGUUUUUAUAUUUAUUUAGAUUUGUGUAAUCGGCCGUCGUUAUUAUGCAGAGUUCUCCAAGUUGUUUAUCUAAACCCUAAAAAGCUUUAGCCCGGAUCGGGUCGCAGUGCGGUUACUAACUCGGUUUAACCCUUUGUGUUUUUUUAACGCGCCUGGUUGAUAUUUAUUUUAACAACCACCUGACGAUCCUUUUCAGAAAUGGAUAUUGACAUGAUUCCUGGCGACAUCAGCCCUGUGUAUGAUCCGUUCUGCACUGGGCCCGAAUCAGUCCUCGGAGCUCCCCGGUUCACUCUGCCGGAGCUCGGGGCUCGGGGCUCCCCCUGCAUGAAGAGCCUGGCCUCUCCCGGGCCCAUGGCGGUGCUGUCUCCUGUCACCAACCUGGCUCUCAACAUGAAUAAUCUCGCUGUUCUUGGAGGUCAAUGUGAAACUCCAAAGCGGAAGAAAAACUUGCCCCUCCUGAAGAUUCCUUCCUUCGCCUCUGAUGCCUCUUCUGAUGCAGGUCUUGGACUAGAGUCUCCCAGUCCUUUAGAUUCUCUGGAUGCUGAGCAGAAAUUUGAGAAGGCCAUGCAGGAUGCCACACGAGCGGUUAAUGAAAAAAUGCCCAUCCGCAGGAUACACUCUUUGCCACUCCAAUUUUUGGGUCACAGUCCAAAUCUGAGGAGUAAAGAAUUGGAUCCCUCCCGUUAUGGAGUGUGGACUCAUUCACACGACAGUGCCAAUAAAGAAAACAUCGCUGAGGAGAACUUUGAGUUCAAGAAGCCCUCUAUGCCUGCGCUGCGCUGUCGCACUCGCUCCACUGGAGGCUCCAAGGAUGCUUUUGCCUGCCGACCAAACUCUGCUCCUGCUUUAAUGCUCUCCCCACCACCCUCCAAUCAGCCAGACUCUCCAAAUGAAAUUAGUCCCUUCAUUCUGCGCCGCCCAUCGCUCUCAUGCCUUCAAGAUGAUGAUGACGAUGAUGGCUUUCUGGAGGGGCUUGAUGAUGUGGAGAAUGAAUCUGAGGUUCCUUUGGGUAUGGACAGUCUUCUCACUGCUCCUCUGGUGGCCAAACAAAGUCUUGACAGUGAUUCACCUGUUGUUCGCUGUCGUCCACGUGGAUUGUUUAGAUCUCCAUCUAUGCCCAGUCCAGUUGGGCGCAUCCCGCUCAAGAGACCUGAAAGACCACAAGAUGAGAACACGCCUGUCCGAGUGAAGAGGAGACGGAGCCUGGCAGGGACACAAGUGUCACCCACAGAGCAGGAGGAUGUUGUUCAUCAGGUUCAGAGGUCAAAGUCAUUUAAUCACUCUCAGAUUGAAAGAAUGUUGGACACUGAUCCUAGUAAUGUGAUUGGAGAUUUCACCAAGGCUCCUGCACUGCCCACAGUACAAGGAAAACACCAAGAGUUGAAGUACAUCACUCCAGAGAUUAUGGUUAAAGCAAUGAGCGGACAGUUUCAAGAUCUAGUUGAGAGGAUGUUUGUCAUCGACUGCCGUUAUCCGUAUGAAUAUGAGGGCGGCCAUAUUAAAGGUGCCCUUAAUCUCCAUCAAGAGGAUCAAAUUGAUGACUACUUUUUACACAAUCCUAUUCUCCCAGACUGUCCCGAGAAGCGCGUUCUGCUGAUUUUCCACUGUGAAUUUUCUUCUGAGCGUGGUCCGCGGAUGUGUCGCUACGUUAGAGAAAGAGAUCGAUUCAUGAAUGAAUACCCCAAUCUCCAUUACCCCGAACUCUAUAUCUUGAAAGGAGGCUACAAAGACUUUUUCCAGAUUCACAAAGCAGUAUGUGAGCCCCAGAUGUAUAGACCGAUGCUUCAUGAAGAGUUUAAAGAAGACCUGAGGAAGUUUCGUCUGAAGAGCCGCACCUGGGCUGGAGAACGCAGCAAGAGAGACAUGUACAGCCGUCUCAAAAAACUCUGAGGCUCGCCAAAGUACUCAUGUUUUUACUGCCUUUACUCGCUCGUAUGCUGCCCUCACAACAUGAGCCAUGUCAGACCUGAAGACAUGUGCGUUCAGUGCGGGACCCUUCCUGCAUUUCAUGGUUUGACAUUAAAAGAGGUCGAGAGGUUAUUUUUGAGUCUCUGGCCGUUUGUUUUGAUGUCAUCACAUUUAAACUUCCCCCUCU